AUCGACAGGCACUGUACAAAUCUAACAGAAUAACCGGCAAUGCAUAUUCAGGAUGAUCCAAAAGAGCAAGACAGUGUGGAUUUGUUGACAGCAAUGAUGGGUGACCUUGACCCAGAAGUAGCUCGACGAGUUCUCCGAAAAUGUGACGGAGACGUACAAAAGGCUGCAACUGCCAUACUCGAGGGUGAUAGAGGCGAUGACAUAUGGAUAGCAGAUAACCGCACGAACAAACCAGCGGAAAGGCAGAGGCCCCAUUCUCCCCAGGAAGGGCCCCCUCGCAGACAAAACACACCAGUCAUCGACCUUACUGGUGAUGACGACAAUGAUCUUUCUCGUGCCCUACAAGCAUCCCUGGAAACUCAGCAACAAGAACCCAAAUUCGGUCCAAGCGAGCGCCCUCCAGACCCGAACUGGGCUGUCGUCCCCUCCAAUGUGGAGUCUGGUUCUGAUGCCCAAUACUAUCAGACUCUCGAUCGUGCAAUAAAAGCGAGUCUGGACUCUACUUACGAUCAUUCUGCAAGUGAAGCAUACGAACCACUUCCUCCAGAACGCCAAGUUCGCGAAAACGGCUGCCCUGUCGCACUACGUCCUACACAGAAUACUAUGACGUACGCCGCUUUAAUUCUCCAAGGAUUAUAUUUUGUGCCUCAAAUCAGAGAGCGCGUCGCUGGUUGGCGGCCAUCUGCACCUCCAGGUGUGCACGAAAUCGACACGCCUAUGACUGGACAUGAGCAUAUUCUCUGGCUAUUACUGGAGAUAUUUGUCCACAUGGACUUGGCUCAACUAUCUGACCUUAAUAUUGAUUCCUCCCUUGGAGCAUUUGAGGCAGAACCUUGGUUAAGUCUGGCGGAACGCCCUGGCGACUUAUCAAAUAGUGCCUUCGAUCCAGAAUUCUUGGCUCAGGUAGCGACUGUCUUAGAGAACCUGUUUUCAGAACAAUUCAUUGGUGAAGGUCAUACGACACCGAAACCAAGGUUCUUUUACUUCCAAUAUGGCCACCUUGAUGCCGACCCAAAGACUUUGCAAGAGACUUGUAUAGUCAAAGUUGAAGUCGGCGGGAUAGGAAGCGGAGACAACAAUGACCUCAUAUCUCGUCUUUCUGCACAAUUAUCAAAGCACCACGACCAAUCUUCAAAACAGGAAGUUAUAUUCGAGCCAUCCGAAGUGGUCACAUUCCAGCUCUCUAGGAGUCACUCGAACGCUUUCCUGGGAGGUUCAAAUGAGAAAUCGGAUUCAGAGCGUAAACCGUUUAGAUACCCGAAACAUAUCUUCAUGGACCAAUUCUUGGAAGUAAAUGCGGAACUUGUGAAUACUAAAAGGGCUCAACAGCGAGAAAUGAACGAGGAAAUCCAGAAGCUUAUGCUUCACAAGAAAUCACUGACUCACUUCAAUGACAAGGACACGGUGAAAGAUCUAACCUCUGCCAUAUAUUAUUAUGAGCAUGUAGCGGAAGCUAAGGACGACCCAGAACGCGCAGUCACCAUUCAAACUACAGCAACUAAGCUUAGAAGUAUUUUAGCCAAAGUUGAGAAAGAGAUUGAAGCCACGGAUGCGAAGAUAACAAAGAUUCGAAGCGACUCCGCAAACUUAUUCGAGUGCCCUGAACUGCAGAAAGCCAGAUAUGAUCUCCGAGUUGCCUAUAUCCACGAUGGCCUUUUCGGUAGAAAACAUCUAUAUUCUUAUGUGUACGAUAAUGGCUCUUGGUGGAAGUCAGCCGACUCAUCAGUAUCCCGGGUGCCAGAAGAAACUGUUCUGAACGACGAGGCCGGAUUACACCUAAGCGCGGGCCCUUUCUUACUGAUCUACAGUCGCGCGCUUCCAGAACGCACUGAAGAGAAUAGCCGACUCUCAUGGCCAGAAGUUAUCAAAAACUCAGUCAAACAUAAUAACCAGCUGUUUUUGUCUAAUCUCCCGCCGGAGCUCAUCCAGAACGUACACGAUCCACAAUCGCCUCCAUCCUUUCCAAUAACUCCCUCUCGCUCGCUUGCCCAGACUCCAUCCGAGCUCACGAUUGACUCGACUGAUGUCGAACCUCCACUGUCGAGAGACGAGCUGAUGGAUGUAAGCACUGAAUGAGUAUAAAACCGAUUCAAGUAAACUCGAUCGUUGACAUGCAUUAAUGAGUAUCAAGCUGGGUGGCAGUUGCACCAACGUCCCUGAGUUAGAUUGUUCAUGCGUCGAAUUGGAGUAUUUUUGAAGGUGGUUCUAUCUAGGAAACUUUAUUUACGUCUAGCCAAUGUUACUUACUAUCUCUGUAAAGGGCUUGGUCAGUCAAGUGAGG